CCGCCGCCCGCGCCCGUCCGCCGGCCCCCGCGGCUCCACGGCUCGGUUUUGUUUUUCUCUACUCUGGAAAAUUCCAUCAGUCGUUUCACAGAUGAGCCACGGGUUUUGUUUGUAUUUGUUUGCACUGGAGUCUGAAACCACAAACUGCUGCAAGAAAGGCGAUGCUGAUUGUAUUAGUUGCUAUGGUUGCCAUUAAUGAAGUACCACACACUGAGUGAUUUAAAAAGCAGAGAUUUAUUGUCUUAAAGUUCCAGAGGCCAGACAUCCAAGAUCAAGUAGGUCAGCACAGAAAGUUCUUUCACAAUGUCAUACAGACGAGAACUAGAGAAAUACCGUGACCUGGAUGAAGAUGAGAUCCUUGGAGCCCUAACAGAAGAUGAGCUGAGGACCCUGGAAAAUGAGCUGGACGAGCUGGACCCCGAUAAUGCACUGCUGCCCGCGGGCCUGAGGCAGAAGGAUCAGACCACCAAGGCGCCCACAGGCCCCUUUAGAAGGGAGGAGCUCUUGGAUCACUUGGAAAAGCAAGCAAAGGAGUUUAAGGACCGAGAAGAUCUGGUCCCCUACACGGGGGAGAAGCGAGGAAAGGUCUGGGUCCCCAAGCAGAAGCCGAUGGACCCUGUGCUGGAAAGUGUGACGCUGGAGCCGGAGCUGGAGGAGGCCCUGGCGAAUGCCUCAGAUGCGGAGCUCUGCGACAUUGCAGCUAUCCUCGGCAUGCACACGCUUAUGAGCAACCAGCAGUACUACCAGGCCUUGGGCAGCAGCUCCAUCGUGAACAAGGAGGGACUCAACAGUGUGAUCAAACCUACACAGUACAAGCCUGUGCCUGACGAAGAACCAAAUGCCACGGACGUGGAGGAAACCCUGGAGAGGAUAAAGAACAACGACCCGAAGCUUGAAGAGGUCAACCUCAACAACAUCCGGAAUAUCCCCAUACCCACUCUCAAGGCGUAUGCAGAAGCCCUCAAAGAGAACGCGUACGUGAAGAAGUUCAGCAUUGUGGGAACACGGAGCAAUGACCCUGUGGCAUUUGCCCUUGCCGAGAUGCUCAAGGUGAACAAGGCAUUGAAGACGCUGAACGUGGAAUCCAACUUCAUUUCUGGAGCCGGGAUCCUGCGCUUGGUGGAAGCACUUCCAUUCAACACUUCUCUGGUGGAACUGAAGAUCGAUAACCAGAGCCAGCCUUUGGGCAACAAAGUGGAAAUGGAGAUUGUGAGCAUGUUGGAAAAAAACGCCACGCUCCUCAAAUUCGGCUACCACUUCACCCAGCAGGGACCCCGGCUGCGGGCGUCCAACGCCAUGAUGAACAACAACGACCUUGUGAGGAAGAGGCGGCUGGCAGACCUGACCGGGCCCAUCAUCCCCAAGUGCCGGAGUGGCGUCUAGCGUGUGCGGGCGCCGACCACGCCUUUGAACUGGACGUGUUCUGCUGAUAGGCCGUGCUCUGCGGUGGGAACCGGAGGCAGAGCGCAGCGCAGACCCUGCUGUGGUUCAGUUCUUCAUGCACUAAGGUUUUAGGUUAGCUAGUGGUUGUAGCUGAAAACUUUAUAAACCAUGGUUAAUGUGAAGUUUUUCUUUAGUCACAGAAAUUCAGUCUGUUUAUUAUUUAAAAACUAAGAGGUCCCUGAACCGGCAGAUCUUACUGAAGACGAUGUUAGAGCAGCAGUGACUUAGCCCCGGAAGUCCAGCCUCAGUGACCUAGGAGUGUGGUGUUUCAGGUGUAUUUUAAAUGUGUAACACGAACAAACAGCACCCUCUUCCACAUGGUUGAAAAGCAUUACAAUUGUUACGAAUUUGAUCUUAGCUCUUUAACAAACAGGUCAUCAUUCUUUAUUAAUUCUCCUUUAAAUUUUAAGAACCUCAAGAUUAAAGUUGCUAGAUUGAUUUCUGGGUCAAAAACAGGUUUUUUUUUUUUUUUUUUACCUCAAGAAAGACAAGCCCACAGAGCUCUGCCAGCAAUCAAAGAAUGAUCCUGUUGCUGGUUACCAGGAAAUGACAGAAAAAGCCAGUAAUGAAAAUUCGAAUUUUAAAACCAUCCUUUUUUAAAAAAACAAAAACUAAUUCCAGGCAACAAGCAUUUCGCUGGGUGUUCUUUAUCAAUAUCUGGGAUUUAUUUACAAUACUGGAGUCAGAAAGAAUUGUUUCCUUACCAAAUGCCAACCUUACAAUGGAUAUGAAAACCUAUGGCCAAAUACUUGAAAACACUCAUAAUUGCACAGUCAGUAGUGGCCCAAUGCCUUAUGAGGUAAAUCAUUAUCGAGAUGAAUUUCCAGUCCAUCAUGGCUUAUGCUUACAGACUUCAGCCACCCCGUCACAUCACUUAUUAGACAAGUCACCACUGAUCUCGCCUGUAAAUGAAACCUCUAAAGGGCAAUGGUGAAGAAAAUCUAGAUAUUUAAGAAUUAGGAAACCUGGCCAAACCACCCAGGAUGGUGAAUUCUGAAAAUGUAAUUUUGGCAUCUCUGCCAGAUCCCUUUUUAACAUCACGUGCAUCUCCUGGGAUCCAGCAAGAAUGUUAAGCCACACUGCCCUUGUGCCUUUUACUAUGCCACAGUGCCAGUUAAGCUAGUAUUUCUGUUGCUUGGGGAGUUAUUUUCAUGAGUGAUUCGGCAAACCUUACAACAAAGGAGAGGCCAAAGAGCAGACGAACACAGACAAAAGCUGCGGAGCACGGAGCGGAGGCUUUUGAUGGAAAAAGUCUCGCACACGAACUGUAACGAUGUGGGCAGGACAGGGCAACCAGAGACGGAGCCAGGGCCUCCCCUCCACGGAGGGGCGUCUACUGAGGCUGCAGACGGGCCCAGGGCUGGCUCUGUGCUGCAGGCACAGCCAGCCCCGCUCGGCUUCUCCUUGAAACACAACUGCAGCUGUAUUCCGCAUCACUGGAAACUGCAAUAUAACAUUAAAUCUGUUGGUCUAUGGAUGGCUGUGCAUGUGUUUCUUGGGACGUGUGGGCCAGAGGCUGGGAAGCCGCCACGGCAGUGCUCAGCAGCCUCACGCAGGAUGCCUUUGUUCUGAGGUGUUUGCCUAAAAACUACAGCCCAGAUGUCCGUGUCAUCGAGCUCAUAAUGUGGUUCUCUCAAAGACGCUUAAGAGCUAGUAGUGUGGGUGUUGAGGGAAGCAGAAACUAUUACAGGGAAAUCUCUCAGAAGACAAACCCAUAAAAAAUGAAGAUGGCCACAUCUUUAAGACUAUCUCCUCCACCAGAUGAGCUGUUCAUCUAGACUAGAGGUGGCAAGGUUUUCUUUUUUUUUUUUCUCCUGUAAAGGGCCCGAUAGUUCAGGCAUACCUUGCUUUACUGUGCUUCACAGAUAUUUCGGUUUUUACAAAUAGGUUUGUGACAACCCCACAUUGUCAGAUGAUAGCAUUUUUUAGCAAUAAAAAAUUCUAAUUAGGUGAUAUACAUUGUUUCUUUAGACACAAUGCUAUUGUACACUUAAUAUCUACAGCAUAAUGUAAGCAUACCUUUUAUAUACACUGAGAAACUAAAAAGUUCGUGUAACUCAUUUUGAUGUGGUGGUUUGGAACUGAAUCUGUAUCUCCGAGGUACACCUGUAAAUACUGUAGGCUUUGCAGGCCAUAAUGUCUUUCUUGUAAAUGCUUAUUUCUGUCAAAAAUCAUAUGUAAGUGAAUGGCUAUGGCUAGUCCAAUAAAACUUUACUUACA